GGAAAGUGGCUUAAAAGCUGCUGGUUUGUCUUGAGUUGGGUACAGUCGAUCAGGGUUGAAUGUGAAGUUAAUCUGGCAAUUUGACACCACCUGCAUUUGGAUUUACCAUGGAGAAUGAAGUAACAGGGAACAUUUUACUUCCUUGCACAGAGUGCACUAAGGGUUGUUUUAGAAUUCAUGGCAACCAUAAAUUCAAAGACAAAGAGAACUCUGAUGGGUAUUCCUACUUCUUCAAAAUCAUGCUUGGGGACUUUGCACAAAAGCUGCCUAUUCCUCCUGCAUUUGUUCCAAAGCUGGGAAGUGAGACUGGUAAUCGUAUCAGCCAAAAUGUGGUUCUGCAAGGCCCAAGGAGCUCGCGAGGAUCAAGAAGCCCUCGGUUGGUUGCAAAACUAUGGAGUACUAAUGGAGGACUGGAAUUUCGACAGGGUUGGGAGAAAUUUGUGCAUCAGUACAGAAUUGAGUUGGGAGAUUUUCUGGUGUUUAAGUAUAUCGGUUGGUCUUAUUUCAAAGUAAAAAUAUUUGGAAGAAGUGGAUGUGAGAAAAACCUUACUAUUCUUCCUGAGAGGAAAUCACAGAAGAUAUGCCCUAGUCCUAGUAGUGCUCUUCUGGGAAAUUUUGAAAAGAAUAUGAGUGACAAGUCACAAAUUAGUUUGGUUUCUGAUAAGGAAAGAAGUGAACGAAGAGAAACAGUACUUGCACUUGGAGAUCCAGGGAAAGAACCUAGUUCUUCUUCUUCUUCUCACCGUCGUGGCUGUCCUCCGAAAAAUCCUCAACAUUGCAACUCAUUUAUUUCUAGAAAGAAGCAACAGAGAAAAAUCUCUAGAGACUAAAGGGGAGAGUUAUCAAGGAGUUUACCAUGUUUUUGGCAGGUGUCCUGUUAAACAAGCAGAAAAGAACAAGGCCCUCAAUGUUGCUAAUUCCUUCAUAUCAUAUAAACCCUUUUGUAUAUGUUUAAUGGUUAUGAAACCAUCUUAUGUAUACAACGGAUUUCAGCUUGUAAGCUCUUUCCCUUUCUAUUUUUUUAUUUAGAAGGGAAUAUGGUGUCUCUAACUGUCCUAAGGUAGCGAAAUUCCUUAUCUUUGUGUCUAAAACUUUAUCUUUUAUUCGUGUUCAUAAUAAUAUUUAAAAAAAAAAAUUACACCAUGUACAAUGAUUUUCAGUUC